UCAAAUUCACUUCAAAAAUCUUCACUAUUUCUUCUAGCUUUCAUAACUUCUUUAAUUUCCUCUUCACUAAAAGUUACAAAUCUAUUGGCAUUUGGCCAAACUAUACUCAUUAUUUCUUCAAGUUAAAAAAUGGAUAUGGUGAUGAAGUUGGGAGCAUCAAGCGGGGUGGUGAUUUUCACCAAGAGUAGUUGUUGCAUUUCUCACAGCAUUGAAACCCUAAUUCGUAGUUUUGGAGCAAACCCUACGGUUUACGAGCUCGAUACACAUCCAAAUGGGAAGCAAAUGGAGAAGGCAUUGAUUGAAUUAGGGUGUCAUCCAAGUGUACCAGCAAUAUUUAUAGGGAAAGAGUUAGUUGGUGGUGCAAAUGAGAUAAUGAGCCUUAAUGUGAGGGGCAAGCUUAAACAAUUGCUCAUUAGGGCUAAUGCAAUUUGGGUAUAGAAAUUAAUUAAUAAUGACUAUAGGCUAUAGCUAUGAAACAUAGAAAGUUACCACUUAUAGAGAGUCUUUUUGUUUAAUUUCUAGCUCUCAUAUAUUUCUUCUUGAGGUAUAAAUAAAAAGUAGUUACACUAUUGUCAUAUACGUAGGUCAUGGAUAGUCUUUUCUUUUUGGCAAUCUAGUAGCAUAUCUUUAUGUAUUGGAUUUUAAUCUAAAGUAUCAAUAAUAUCUUAUUAUACUACUUUG